AUGGCCCAGGAGCUAGGCGCCGACAAUGUAGUGCUCUUGGAGCAUUUGUUGCGGGUGAAUUGUCAACAACAAGCGCUGUUCAACAGUUUUGUAGUAAGACCAGAACAAUUAGGAAAAUGCAACACAGCUGUGUGGGCAUUUCGAACGCUGGACAAAUUCAGAGUGCUGUAUGAGCUCAGUGAUGUGAUGCAGGAUGACCAUGCACUAUCAGAUGUAGCACUGUACGCUCUUCUGGAGAAGCUAAAUUUGUUAUUCUCGCGAGGUCCGCAAUGGGAAGAACCACAGGUUUUGGAUGUGAGGGCACUAACUGUAGCUUUGAUGGAGCUGCUGAUUCGAAUCUGCAAUGUGGUUUGUGCAGACGCUUUGACCUCGAAAGUACGACCCUCGCUGCAAAAAUCGGUUGUUGCAGCGAUUCGCACGCAGUUCAUCAUAGAGUACACACAGGAGAUUUGGGACCUGCUUGAAGUGGACGGAAGUUGA